AGCACUGUGGACAACAUAGAAAAAAGUCCACGCUGGGAACAAAAUUAUUUGUUUAUUAUUUGUAACUAAGCGCGCUUUGAAAGGAUAGGCAAAAUUAUGAAUCAAUUUCACACGCCUUCAUUUGGUGACGAGGUGUUUGAAAUGAAUGACUCGCCUAUGGAGCAGACACAACACGAAACUGGUUCACGCCGUUUAAGCAGGCUAACCAGCCUGGAUCAUACCACGUUGAGUCGCGUGGAUGACGAUGAGGAGGAUCCCAUGGACUACGACACGGCAAACACAUAUGGCAGCCAACAACAACAGCAACCACAACAAUCACAGCAACAGCCACCAGCACAAGGGAAUCAGGCACCAGCGAAGCCUUUAGCUGCCUAUGCACUCUUCUUCCGGGACACCAUGACUGCCAUCAAGCAACAGAAUCCCGCCUGCACAUUGGAGCAAAUCACAGCGAUAGCGCUCAACAUGUGGGAAUCAAUGGAUGAGAAACAACGCAGCGUCUACGAUCAACGGCAUGAGGUGGAAAAGCGUGAAUAUUUUCGACAACUGCGCGAUUAUCAGCGCAAUCAGCAGCUGGAAGAAACGGCACCCCAACAACAACAACUACACGAGGAGGAACAACAGUCAUCCGUGCCGUUGCCUGUUCACGAUGAGGUGCCAAAUACGACAGCGAUUACUGCUGCUGCGCCGGAUAGAGAAAUAAAUAGCGCAGUGUUGCCACAGCCUCCAGAUCAGAUCCAGCUGCUAACGGAAGCGGCAGCCGUACAGCAAUGCAUGCGUGAUCAGUGCAAUAAGCCAGCAAUUAUAAAUCCGGAUUGGGAGGACGAAUAUUGCAGUAAUGAAUGCGUUGUCAUACAUUGUCGCAAUGUAUUUACCGAGUGGGCGCGUUCGUUGCAGAACUCGCCCACGUAGUAAUUGUACUUUAUAGUUACACACUUAGGUAUUAACUAAAAAUUAGCCAAUAAAUCGCACACGUAUGUAUGUAGUGAAAUCGUCAA